UUUUUUAAUUAGGGAUCUGUGGACACUACGUUUUUAGAUUUGAGGAGAAAAAAACAUUUUUAUUUUGAAGUGAAAAAGUAAAAUUAGACCCUUGGAGCAAGAUGAAUUAUUAACAGAUAUGAAAAGAGACUGGAUUUUAAUUUAAUCUUCAUUUUCUUUCCAUACUUCCAUGUCUCUUUUUCUUUCAUCAGAUCAUCUGGUUCAGCAAGCACUCUGCAUUUUGCAGUCAGCACACGUCGGACUUGCUGUUUGUUCUGUUUUGUGUGUGUGUGUGUGUGUGUGUGUGUGUGUGUGUGUCUGUUUGAAAGAAGGAUGGGGGUGUAUGGAAAGCCUCAUAUACAAAACUAGAUAGAAUCAGAGAGUGAGGGAGAGAGAAAGGACAAAAAGCAGAAGGAUUCAUCUCAGAAUUAACAAAGAGAGCAGCUGAAUGAUCAUUCAUUCUUCUCCAGAGAGGUCUUUGCCGGUGGUUUCACGCUUAGCAUCGUCCUGAAGAGCUACACAAUCAACAAAGACAUGAUGCACACUCCAUCGUCCAUGCUGAUGGGAGUAGUGUUCGCUCCCUUGGGCCUUGUGCUGAUGUUCACUGCAGCAAUCACACCGCAGUGGAGGGAGGGACAGGCUCGGCUGGGUGCGGCAGGGCGGGGCAGAGCAACGGAGCUCCUCCUACUCCGCUCAGAUGGCCUAUGGGAGAGCUGCCUGCAGGUGGUGCACUCAGAGGUCAAAGAGUGCUGGCCCGUAUCGGGGUCCUACCAGCGGGAUGCUCGGGUUCGAAUGGUCCAGGGGAUGGUGUUGUCGUCUCUCUUCCUGUGUGGCGCAGGAAUCGUGCUCGCCAGCGUGGGCGUCCGCUGCUGGACCGAUAUCCCGCUCAGGAGUGUAGCGGCAGCUGGUGGCUUGUUGGUUGCGCUGGCAGGUCUGCUCAGUCUGGCUGCUUUAGGAGUGUAUACUCGGCAUCUUUCGAAGCUGGGGAUCGAGGUGGAUUCAACCAUAUCUGAGACGCAAGGACUCAAAGUACAUAAGCCACCCCGGCUUACGCUACACCCGGCGGGGUCGCUCUACUUCGGCUGGGUGGGAGCUUGGGUACAGGUGCUGGGAGGGGCCGCACUACUCUUUGGAUUCAAAAGCAUGAAGUGUUCAUUCUGCCACAAGCAGAGACUCAAAGACAGUGCUGAGAUGUAUGAGGUGAACUGUUAGAUGGGCUCAAAUGUUUGUGAGAGGUGAAGAGACACUUUUAUGGUGUUCAAGCUCAUUGAGCUUGGAUGAAUGAGAAAUGUGAAAGAGUACACAUGAUGUUUCUAAAAAGAACCAUAUUAAAAUGUUGUACAAAAUAUGUAUGUACGUAAUAUACAAAACUGUUACCAGAAGCCUCAAGGCCCGUUCGCACCAAGAAUGCUAACUUUAUGGUGUGUGCACACCAAAAGCGAAUAUAAUUUUUUGCACUCGUAGAUUACAAACAAAGUCAAUGCAAAGACGCGAAUAGACACGAAUUCGCGCUGGGCGAUGCUAAUGAUGCAAAUUGGGCGACGCCUAAAUCAUGUCUUCCGUGCAAGUUGAAAAUUUUCAACUCGAGCGGGAAAUUCGCAUGACAUGUUGUUGUGCAUGCCAAUCAGCGAAGAGCUUAUUGACAUGUCCAGUUUGACACCGAACAGAGACCGAACAAAAAAGGAGAUAGCUUAGAGAAAAGUAAGUGAGGAAGUUGGACUACCUGGUAAGUGAUGAAAAUAUGCGUCUGUUACUUGAUUCUAGCUAUGAGUUAAAGGAUUAGUUCACUUUCAAAUUAAAAUUUCCUGAUAAUUUACUCACCCCCAUGUCAUCCAAGAUGUUCAUGUCUUUCUUUCU